AUGCGUCUUCUGCAGAUCAACAACGAUGACGACCUCAGUCUCGUCGAAUAUUUUGGAAACGACAUUCCUCCAUAUGCCAUUCUAUCGCACACAUGGGGUGCUGACGACGAGGAGAUCUCAUUCAAGGACGUCAAAAAGAACCGUGCACGAAGCAAACCUUCCGGGUAUCGCAAGGUUCGCUUUUGUGGAGAGAUAGCUCGGAGAAACGGCAUCUUUUUCUUCUGGGUCGAUACAUGCUGCAUCAAACAGGAGAGUAGCCAGGAGGUCGGUGAGGCGAUCAACUCCAUGUAUCGAUGGUACCACGAUGCGGUCAUUUGUUACGUGUAUCUUACCGAUGUUACCGUUGGAACCGUCACGCAUGAGGGCAUAGCGUCUGUCUCAGAUUGGUCCACAGCCUUCCGAAGCAGCAGGUGGUUUACUCGGGGCUGGACACUCCAGGAACUCCUUGCGCCUGUGUAUAUUGAGUUCUACUCCAAGGACGGUUAUCGACUCGGAGAUCGGACGACACUCGUCCAACAGAUUCAAUUGAGCACUGGUAUUGCCGAGGCCGCUCUACGUGGAAGUCUGCUGUCUGAUUUCACGGUUGAAGAACGGAUUUCGUGGGCACGGGAACGCAUCACUAAGCGGGAAGAGGAUGCGGCAUACUCGUUGCUCGGGCUUUUUGGCAUCCACAUGCCCCUCAUAUAUGGAGAGGGACGGAGGAAUGCACUGAAGAGACUGCAGAGAGAGAUCGUUAGAGCUUCUAGAGAAGAGCCGCUUUCCCCAAUACUGAGCUUAUCCACCAUGGUCGCUUCCAGCGACACAACUCCGCAGCUGAAAGGUCCCAACACUUCAAGUGCCGGGCAUUCCUUGUCUCAAGUCUCAACGUCGCAUGCGGUGCCUGAUCUUCAGUUCGUGUUCAGGAUCGACGAAUUCUACUUUCCGGGAGAGGAACGUAUUAAGAGAAGAAGACGCAUGAAGGACAUUUCAGAAAAGUUGUGGAUGUGUGGUUCGAGCAUAUAUGAGAUAGCAGAGCUACCUGCUACAUUCACGCUUUAUGACAGGCAAGACGGCAAGAUCAUCUCCCUACAUCAUUGA